AUGCCUGAAGAAUUUAAUGUUAGUAGAAUCAACAAAGGCAACAACAAUAACAACAACAACAACAGUAAUAAUAAUAACAACAACAGUAAUAAUAAUCUAUGCAGACCUCAUAUCACAUCAACUCGUCGAAACUUAACCAACAAACCUCCAACAUUAACCACAACAACAAACAACAACAAUAAUAAUAAUAACGUCUCGCAUAGCAACAACAACAAUAAUAUUACUAACAAUCGCAACAACAAUAAUCACAAUAACAACAAUAUCAAUCGGAGCAACAACAACAAUAAUAAUAAUAAUAGUUACUUCAAUAACAGCCUUCACGCUAACAACAACAACAAAAAUAAUAACAAUAACAACAAUAACAACAACAACAAUAAAUCUGAUUUACACAUAGAUUUAGACAUACUUAGCGUCGAGGCAUGCAGUAACAAUCGCAACUGUAACACGAGUAGCAGUAGUAAUAGUAGUAGUAUUAGUAAUUGUUGCUGUAAUAAUAAUAAUAAUAACAGUAACAAUAAUAACAACAACAACCAUAGAAAUAUUAGUAUAGGUAACAAUAGUAAUAACAAUAGCAUAAACAACAGUAUUAGUAACGAUAGUAUAAGCGUUUUGAACAACAGUAAUAACAACAAUAGCAAUAAUAAUAACAAUGGCGAUGACGUAAUCGAUGAUUUCAGCAGCGACGAGAUCAAAAACUAUAAAUACGAGGGCGAUCAGGAUCAGCCGGCGUCGGAGAAUCUUUCAGAGGAUAAGAUCGUUCUCGUCAAUGAAACGGAAGAGAAGGUUCUCAUCAUUCGGAUAUUCUCCAUUCAUCCAUCCCUACCACGCAUACCCUGGACACCUGGCACUGGUCAGCCACGAUGA